AUGAAGAUUCAGGUGAAUUUUAGCUUAAUAAGCAUUGGUUAGAACAGCACAUCAGACAUACCAUAAACAAAUAAACGGACGUUCAUAAUGAAUAAUAAAUUGAUCAAGCUAAUCCAAAACUUGCAGUGUAUACUUUUUAGUGAAAUCAGAUAUUUUCCGCCAUCACUAUUUUUUGAUAGGCAUACAUUCCACAACAGAAACAUAUUUAACUAGACCAAUACAAAGUCAAUUGACUGUGUGUGUGUGUUUUUUUGUUUUUUUGAAAAAACUAGUUCAAUAUUUUCAUUUCCAAAGUAGAUUGCCUACUUACACAGCAUCAAUGCUGGUUAUCCCAUUUAACUUAUGGGAGAACCUAGAGAUGACCUCUGUAGGUGGGAAACACAAGCUUGUAGCCUUCGUUGACUUAGGAAAGGGUUGAUGAGGAGUCUGUCAGGUUUGCCUUAUCAAUAACUUGUAUGUCCUCUGCAACAUCUGAACAACUAACAUUAUUUUUGUGCCAGAAACUUAUACCUAUAGUCAACUCUCUCUUAGAUGGACAAAGUUUGGACCGGCCACAACUAUCUGUCUUAGGUAGGUUUCCAUCUUAUAGAGGUGUCCAUUAAGAGAUAGUUGACUGUAUAUAUAAGGCUGUGAUAAUUCCAUUUGUGGCUGCUUAAGUUUAUGGGUAAAUUUUUUUCUAGGGGAAAAUUUGUCUAAUUUUUAAUGCAUUCAACUGCACCAUUAAAAAACUCAAGUUGGACUUUACUGCAAAUAUAUUAGCCAUAUUCAUGUUCUGUUACUUUGUAGAACUGAGUAUUAUUAAAUAUAUUUAAUAUUAAAAGACAUGUUCAAAACUUUAACAUUAUUUGCAGGUCAAGGCAAUGAUCUAGAACUAGCAACACGUGCUACAAUUUGUCUUUCUGAGUGAUGGUGGCUUCAGCUUCCCAAUAGCUCAAUGGCCGUUAGCAAACUGUUCUGGGAGGGGGUCCUGAAGAUGUCAAAAAUUGGAUUUGAGUGAGUAAAUUGAUUAGUUUAUUUUUCAACUACGCGUAUACUGGUACAAUUCAAGGCACCAAUAGGUAUAUACAGCUAGACAAUAUACUUACAUUGCUUCAUUGCAUGGCUGGUCAGUUCAUCAUUCGAAUUCAAGUCAUACCUGACAAAAAGGAAAAAGGAAUAAGACAAGAUAACAAAAAAUGUCAAGAACAAUAGAACGUGUAAGCCACUAGAACUAAUAGUGUAUCCUUAAUAACUCAGUAUCAAUUUAUUGAUAUUCGUUUCUAAUGUAAAGGAUAUACUGGUGUGUAUUGGAUGGUGCAGAUUGUAAUAGGCAAUUCAUUAAAUUGCAUUUCAAGAACAAUGACCCUGCUGAAAGCAAGUUUGUCACCACCACCAUUUACACUGGGGGUCCAAUGAUAUUUGUAAUGGAUCCAAAGGUAAAAAUCUUUUUCUGUUUAUUCAAAUUGCCCCUCACCUAGAGUGUUCAUAGAGGGCAUUCAUAUGAGGCGUAUAAUUGAGGGGCUGGAAAAUGGAAACACCAGCAUUACAUCUAUUGUUUCAUUGUACAUGUAAUCAGUUACUGCUCUAGACGAAUUUAUUAGGAUGAAUAGUCAAUACAAAGUAAUAUCUGCAUGAUAAUGAGUUUGAAACAAAAAAAAAAUUAAAAUGUAACUGAAAAAAAAAAUUAACUGCAACACAUAAUUACUUUCCAUUAAUUUUUAUAUGGUCCUGGACUUACAUAAUUUUCGGUGUAUCAAGUAAUUGUUUUAAUCAAUGUAACAUUGUGUGAUAUACCAAUUCAUACUAACACAAACAAAUUAGUUUCAUAAUAAAUUUCCAAACUGAAAAUUAUUAUCUUUUCAACAGCAUAACAUCAAAAAAAUUAGGAACAAUAUCAAAAAAAGUAACAAAAAUGGCAAGCCUCAAGAUUGGUGGGAAAUGUAUCACCUGGAGCCACUUCAGAGAAACUUUUAA